AUGGCUUAUCUUUCAGAAAUUGUAGCACAGGGAGACACAGUUGUUGUGUUUGGUCAGGAUGCUUCAUUCUCCUGUACGCUGUCAGACGCGUCUAAUGUCAAACAAGUCACAUGGCAGCGGGUACGUGACCAGGAACCGGUACAAACUCUGGCUACAUUCAGCGAGCUCUUCAAGGAUCAUGUGGAUGAUCAAUAUGUCGGAAAAGUCACUUUCACUGCGGCGUCGGUUAAUUCAACAUCCAUUGAGAUCAAAAACACAACAUUUGAAGACGAGGCUUGCUAUAUUUGUUCCUUCAAAGUGUAUCCACUCCAACCUAAACGACAAACCUUGUGCCUCGCCGUUAAAGGCAUUUCAGAAAUAACAGCAUCAGUGAAUCCUGCACUCAGUUCUGAUCCAGAUGUUGUAGUCUCAUGUUCAGCCACAGGUAAACCAACUCCAACUAUCCACUGGAAAUCUGCAGAGAAAGAGCUGAACAACUUUAGGUUAAGUAAUUUCACAACACUCAACAAAGACAGCUCAACCACCAUUACAAGCAACCUCACGCUUCCGCUGUCACAGUUUCAUGGGAAGUACGUGGAAUGUGUGGCUCAGAGUGACAGCAUGGAGAAGAGCAGCCAAAUCUAUGUGCCUGAAGUAGAAUAUAAAGAGAAUAAAGUCACAUUAAGAAAUUAUAUCAUUCCGAUGCUGGUUGUGGUUAUCAUGAGUAUUGCCAUUAUUGCUACCUACCUUCACACAAAGUUAAAUGGUAAGCUGAAAAAAUAUUACACUCUAGUUAUCAGGACCAUACUGUCAUGUAAAGAACAGCAUUAUUUUGAUUAG